AUGGACAUCAUUGCCCUUGAAGAAAACCAAAUGCUGCUGGAAUUGCUGAAGAAAGUUUGUGGAAUAUAUCAUCAAAAUUUUACCGAUUUGUCUUUUUAUUCUGCUGCUGCUGAUGAUGAUGAUGCCUUCACUUAUGUUUACUUGAUCACAAAGCGUCUGUUCCUGCCAGCAGCAUUUGAGCGAGGUAUUCCUCCAAUCGAGCUAAUGGCAGAACAACACAGGCUCUACAAACGCCGCAGACAGAACAAAGGAAUGGAAGACCUCGUAGAAAAGAGACGCGAGUCCAUGAUUCAGUGUCAAGAGACCAUGGGACAGCUCGCAAAAGGGGAGAUGGACGCAUUGACUCAUCCCAAAUGCAGAAAUAUGGGAAAGGUGAAGCUAUGGCGAGGUGGACCUCCAUCUCAUGCAGCUGUUGACUGGAGGCAGCUGUUUCCCUGGCAACCGCGGCCCGAGAACAUCGUAAGGAGUGUGCUGGUUUCUAAGGAGAAGUGGAAAGCAAUGGUGGUCUUCUCGGCCCAAAUAAUAAAGAAGCUAAAACUCGAGGAGCAAGGUGAGCCCUCCGCGAAGAACAUUUCGGCUGUGGCGGACACCGAGCGCUCAGAAAGCAGACAGAGAAAGACGAGAGAGGGGAAGGUAGAGAGUGGCGUUGAGAGGCGGGGCUGCAGUACCAGGGAGAGACUCGGGCGGGAGCACAUGCGGAGGGCUGGAGGCGAGGGAUCUGUUGGUGGGGCGGCCGGCGCGCGCUUCCGGCCAGGCGCCCCGCCCACCGCCUCGAGCCCUCGCCCGAGCCCGCGCCCGCACCGGCUCGCCGUCGCGUACCAGACGCCGGGCGGGCGGGCGGCGCGAGCCGUGACCGCCGCGAUGCUCGGCCUAGCAAGUGGCUGCUCCGGGCCGCGGCGGCGCCGGCCCAGAGCGUGGCACGAGCGUGCGCGGAGCUGGCUUCGGAGCGUGGCGUGGCGUCGAGCGCUCGCCUGCAAACGCGGCCGAGCCCUUGCCGCCCCGCUCGCCCCCGUCGUCCCUUCUCCACGCCGUUUCCUGCGGGUGCCGCCCGGACGUCCGCUUCACCCCUCCCGGUCCCUCCCCCCUCGGCGCCACCGCCUGAGAAGGCGCUCGGCACCCCACGGGCAGCUCUUGACGCAAAAAAGCAGUCGGUUUCCUCCUGCGGCGGAGGACGAGGGCGAGGACGGAGACUAG